CUAUUUUAUAUCUCAUUCACUAUACCUUGAAAUUUGUAUUAUAAGAUUUCUUUAAUGUUCAGAAUGUCGUCAAACCUGAGUUCUAAAAUUCUGUGAUUUUUGUGAAGCCAUUUCUUAGAAACUUUGUUCAUGGCAGGAAGUAAAGAGGGGCACCAGGGUGGGGUGGCCCAGUCAGUCGGGCGUCUGCCUUUGGCUGGGGUCCUGAUCUCGAGGUCCUGGGAUCGAGUCCCCUGUUGGUCCCUAAUUUCCCGCUGGCCGCCUACUGGGCGAGGCCUUUCCACCCCUCGCAGGCCCCAGACCCUCCCGAGACCCGACUACCCGCGCCAGUCGCGCUUUGCCAAUCCCGUGCACUCCCGGGCCGGAGGUCCGGGUCCGGGUCCGGGUCCGGGUCGGGGGUGCUGGACGUGGAGCAUCAUGGGCCCGGGGGGGAGGGGCGGUGGCCCAGUUCUCGCGACAUUUCGGCCCGGGCGGGAGGCAGCAGCGACUUCCCGGCGGGUGCGAGAUGCGCUCAGAGAAGGAGGGAGUGGGAGGCUCCGGGGUAGCCGUUGCUGCGCGGGGCCCGAGCGGGAGAGAAAAGCUGUCGGCUGUGGAAGUCCAGUUCCGCCGGGAGUCGCCGCGGCGAGAACCAGAGGGGCCACCAGCCUCGUCCUUCGACUGUGGGGGCGGUACAGGCAAACCUCGCGAGGAGAGGAAGACGGUUCUGAGCAAGGUGGUGAUCCGGCGGCUACCUCCCAGCCUCACCAAGGAGCAGCUGGAGGAGCAGCUGCACCCGCUGCCCGCGCACGACUACUUCGAGUUCUUCGCCGCCGACCUCAGCGCCCCCACCCUCUGGGAAGACAGCCUCCGCAGGAAGAACCCGGAUCCAGCCCUCAGGAGCCCUGUGCUCGCGCCCGCCGACCGCUUCUUGUCUCGGGCCCUUUCACGCCGUGGUGGGCGCGGAACACGUCCGCGUCUUCGCGUAGGGACGAGGAGAAAGCCGACCUUAGUCUUUACCCUCAUCUUUAUUCAAGAGCAUACAUUAAUUUUAGAAAUCCUGAUGACAUCCUUCUCUUUAGAGAUCGUUUUGAUGGCUAUAUCUUCAUUGACAGUAAAGGCUUAGAAUAUCCUGCAGUGGUAGAGUUUGCCCCAUUCCAGAAGAUAGCCAAAAAGAAACUAAAGAAAAAAGAUGCCAAAACUGGAAGCAUUGAAGAUGAUCCAGAAUAUAAGAAGUUUUUGGAAACUUAUUGUGUGGAGGAAGAGAAACCUAAUGCCAAUCCCGAAACUCUUCUGGGAGACAUAGAGGCAAAGACAAGAGAACUUAUUGGUGGUUGUGACAGUGUCCAGGAUGCAGCAGCUGUCUCUAGAAGAACCACACCUCUUUUGGAAUAUAUUAGAAAUAGAAAAUUAGAGAAGCAGAGAAUUCGAGAAGAGAAGCGAGAAGAGCGAAGGAGGAGGGAGCUGGAGAAGAGGCGUUUACGGGAAGAAGAAAAGAGAAAGAAGAGAGAAGAGGAGAGGUGUAAGAGGAAAGAGGCAGACAGACAGAAGAGAGCUGCUGAGAGAGAAGUAAGGAUUAAGCUUCUUAAGAAACCAGAAAAGGGGGAGGAACCAACUGAGAACCCAAAAGAAAGAGGAGAGGAAGUGGAUAUUGGAGAUGGAAAACGGGAGCCCUAUGCUGUCCUGAAGUCCACGCCCUUGGGGGGCUUGCUGGAGGAGCCCAGGGAAAAGAUCGGCCGGCCUUGCAGCUGUACCAGCCAGGAGCUCGCAUCCGAGCACAAGAAACUGCCGGGGGGAUCUCUAUGGAGGGCCGUGAUGGAAGCAGGGGUGAGGCUGAAGAUUCGGGACGGUCCAGUUCCCAGCAGAGUGAAGAGGCAGGGUUUUCAACAGCUGUCCAAUAUCCUCCAAAUCAAGAAAAGAGAAGAUCUGAGGACUAUGUUGUCAGGCAUGCCAACUAACAUCAAAUUUUCCUUGACAGAAAUUCAGAGAAUAAUCCAAUACUUCUUUCCCAAACACUUUCCACAUCUGACCUAAAUAUCAGCGAGAGAGACAAGACAAACCAGGUUAUGACAGGCCAACUCAAUCCCACCCACUCUCAAAAGAAGUCACUUGAUUUUAAAAGUUCCUGGGCUUCUUCACAAAGGGAAUAAAGCCAUAUUCCCACUGAAAAGAUGGUCACAUUAAGGAAUUCCAACUUUGCUUCGUUGGAAUUGAUAGACUCUCACCUUAAUGACAUUCUUCACGUUUAGUCCAACAGCAGCUCUUUGAAGGCAGUUUUAUCACUCUGGGACGUGUAUUCAUUCAUUCAUCACAUCUGCACUGAACGCCUGUGUGGGAAGGUGGCACUUUUGUAGGUGUCCAGCCUACAGCAGUGAGCGAAGUAGACUGCCCCUGACUUCUCAGGGCUCACACCCUUCCUUAAACACACAAGGCACAGAAACCCCAAAAAGGUAGGGUCUUUCUCAAGUCUUCCAGGUCAUAAAUGGCAAAACCGGACCCCCUAGAUCAAUCAGGAACCCUUCACCUGAGAUCCAUGUUGAGUGGUCCUGUGACGCUGCUGCUGCUCUGGCCAUCCACGGGCUCCCUAGCUUAGUCUCACCAUGUUAGCGAUAAGCAGGUCAUAUAGUUUUUUAUUCUGUGGACUGGUCUAUAGUCUCUGUUAAGCUUUUGUCAGAUCCUCAAAGGAACAACUUUUUUAAAAAUUUAAGUCUCCUCCAUUAGGCUCUCCGUAAUCCAGGACUAAUCUGUUUUCACAGUCAUCUUGCCAUAAACAUAACAUGGAGAGAUUCAGUAUUCUAGGCAAAAACUGUCACCUAAAGUAACAGACACUUGAUAUGUAUUCUGUCUCCUCUGCUAGGGAGCCCUGUGACCCCUGUCACCUGCUUUCCUGUGAACAGAAUCCCUGGCAGCCUGCCCCCGUCUGAUCAGUGCUGCCCCCAGGCACAGCCAGUCUGCUCCGGGCCUGUGCAGGGUUGACUAUCCCUGGUCAGUGCAGAGAGGCAACAGGGCAGACCCGCUGUGUCCUGUAUGUGGCCAAGGAGGCCCAAGGGGAGUCGGACCCCAGGCUCCUGACUGCAGUGGUAGAACCGCGGGACCGGCUCACCCUUGAAGCCCACCCCCUGUGGACUCCUGUUGGGUGAAGGGGUAUUCCUUGUUGUUGAAGCUGUUUAGUGACUGUGUCUGUUACUUGCUGUCAAAUCUGAUCCUGAUGGACAGGUUUGGUUUUGUGUGAAUGUGAGAAAGCUUUCACCUCAAGGAAACCCAUUGCUUGCCCAGCAAUAAGUGUGAAACCCCACCCCCAGCAGCUGCUGGGGGGCUUGUUAGAAAUGCACAUUCCCAAGCGCUGCCUAAGAACUUGUGGUAAUUUAGGGCCCAGCUCUCAUCUUCCAGGUGGUUCUGAGGCCUCAAGAGAUCCUCUUCACCCCACCGUGUUUCCUGUAAGAACCAGAGGCCACGCAGUGCACAGCCAUGACCUCCUUUUAUAAAUAGCUGCAAAGAAACAACCCGAAGGCUUGAGGUUGUAAUGUAGAACCAACUGAUAGGUUGUAAUGUGGUAAAGCUAUGGUUCCUCUUGAAACUUUGCUAGUUAAACAAGAAAUAUUUAGGGGUGCCUGAGUCAUUGAGUCGGUUAAGUGUCUGACUCCUGAUCUCAGUUCAAGUCAUGAUCUCAGGGUCCUGGGGAUCGAGCCCCAAUUCGGGCUCUGUUCUCAGCGCGGUCUGCUUAUCCUUUUUCCUCUGCCUCUCCUUCCACUCAUUCGUGUGUGCGUGCACUCGCUCUCAAAUAAAUAAAAAUCUUGAAAAAAAACCCCACAAAUAUUUAGAAAAAUAUGAAGUCCUCCAAGUCUUCCUGGAACCUAAGCAUUUCCAUUUAAUACACAUUUCAGUAACCCUCUUUUGCUUCUUCUAAGAGGUGAAUUACAGGUUCUACCUUCUAGGAAUAAGGGACAGGGCCACAUCUUCUCCCUUUCACACCACAAACACCCUCACCUGCCCAGGGCAGCCCUACACCCUAUACCCCUACUUCAUUUCCUUCAAUGAAGAUACACUUUUCUGGGUGUGUAUGUCAUGCCGGGACAGAUGCUGCAUGCUCUGGUUACGAAGCACAAGAGUUUUGCUGAUACUGAGCUCUC